AUGUUUGCACCGAACAUAUCAACUGAUCGCAAUUUUGUUUGGAAUUCAAAUGGUCAAUAUCCAGUGCCUGAUAAUCAUUCAAAGAAUAGCGGCUGUUGUGAACAACAUCGAUGGCGAAUAGUUGUGAUUAUUAUUGUGGCCGUUUUUCUUCUACUUGCUAUAGUUGCAACAGUAACAGUACUUGUUAUAAGAUCAAAACAGAAACCUGAGAAAAUUAUACCAGUGUCAGAAGAACAUGAGGUUUUAGUUCGUGGAUUAUUAACAUUUGAUACAGUUCAAAAAUCAAAUUUCUGUAAAGAUUUGGGUCAAAAUGAAACAAUAGAUGAUUGUAUUUUAGUUCAGAACGCGAAAGCUGUUAUGAACGCGUUGUUAAUGGUUUCUCCUGAUUCUACAUCAAAUACAUAUCAAAAUAAUUCAAUCUUGACCACAAGGAACACUACAACUGAUUGUUCUAGUAUGAGAAUUCGACGAAAUCAAUUAUCGGAAAUAUUUGAACCUCAAACAUUAAAAGUUAUUUACACGUUGUCUCAAGUAACAUAUACCCCAAAUGAUGGCAUUAUACCAAUUAUUUCUAACAGCACCAAAAAUAUUGAAGCUCGAACACAAAUCGAUAAUCGUUCACUUACUAAUAAAUGGUCAUCACCAAUUUCUUAUUAUAUCAAACCAGGUCUAACCCCUCAGAUGAUUGCCAAUGUUCGAACAGCUAUUAAUAACUGGCAAACUGCAACUUGUAUAACAUUCAUGGAGAUAACACCACCAUUCAAUACAAAUGCUUAUUUAUCAUUCGAGAGAGAUGAUGACAAUGGAUGCAGUAGUCCAGUUGGUUUCGAUCCAACUGAUCCCACAACAGUUAUUUUAUUGGCUGAAUAUUGUGGCUUAGUAUGUAUGACAUUAUGUCAAGUUAAGUUAAAGUUAUAA